AUGAAAGUUAAUAGAUACGUUAGAUUGUCACUCGUUACAUUGUUCCUAGCAAUUUACAUAUUCCUGUAUGACACAACAGUCAUUCAAGCAGCUACUUAUCCUUUUGGUAGCGUUUACAGACCAUUCUCUGCCAACUCUCCUUGGAAUAGUCGUCCAGUCAACCCAGUUUUAGACGAUUCCAAGACUGUUCCUCAAUCUUCUUUCUAUCCAGCCAUUGGUGAAGGUAUUUACUCAACUGGUGUUUUCAUUGCUUCUGCAGAUGAUACCUCCAAGUUAGUUUAUGGUCCAUCUGCAAAUACUGGCAUUGCCAUUGCUGAUAUUGGUGGAUCUACAACGAGUGUUACAAUUCCUCGUUGGCCAUCUAAUACUUUACCAGCAAGUGGAAGUGAUGGACAUUGUGAAAUUUUUGAUCCAAUUGAUAAAGUAAUUCACUCAUUCUGGCAAUUGAAGAAUGUGAAUGGAACAUGGCGUGCAGCAUUGUAUGGUUGGUCAGCUCUUGAUGGUGUUGGUUGGGGAACUCCUGCAUUCUUCUAUCAGGGAGCUAGAGCCACUGGUGUUCCUAGCUCUGCUGGAUUGAUUAGAAAGUAUGAAGUUGAUGAUGGUGAUUCACAAUAUAGACAUGCAUUGACCUUGUCUAUGACAUUUAAUGGUUUGUCCAAUAAUCCAACCUAUGUUUGGCCAGCCACAGCUGCUGAUGGUGAUGCAGCCGCUACCAAUUAUGGAACAAUUCCAGAAGGCAGUUUAUUGAUGCUUCCUUCAGAUUUCAACGUAACCAAAUCAUUGACCAUUCCAAAAUUGAGAAAAAUUGCUGAAACUCUGAAAACUUAUGGAGCUUACGUUACAGACAGAAAUACAGGAACUCCAUUCAAUAUCUAUGUUGAAAUUGGAAGUAAUUACACAUUGCAUCCGGGUGGAUGGAGUAAUCAAGCUGCCUAUGAAUUGCAAGUUAUUAGAGCUGCCCUCAGACCUCUCAAAUCAUGUUCAGGAUAUUUGAAUGGUGAAGAUAAGCCAAUUAAAUUCAGUCUGAAUCAAAAUUUAAUUUCCAUGAGAGGUCCAUGGGCAUUGGAAUAUGGAGGUUCAUUGGGAUAUUUCGAUACAUGGAAACAAGCAGUUGUCUUUUCGAAUAGAACUUCUAAAACUUCUCAAAGAAAUACGAAUGGAACUGGUCUUUCAAAAACAUUGUGGGCAAAGCCAACUUCUGGUCAAUUGUACAAUAUCACUGCAAUUACAACUGGUGGUGGUCAAUUUAGAUUUUAUAUCAAUUUAGCUUGUAGAAAUCUUUCCAAUAUCGAUAGUGGAAACUUGAAUAAUGGACAAAGUUUCGUAUUUACUUGGCCUUCUUCCAGUUGUUGGGGAAGUAUUUUUGCUACCAGUGGAGUCAACCAGGAAUCCACUGUUUCAGCUCAACUGCUUAAAGUAGAAGUUCCAGCAGCUGUCUCUUCAGUCAACCCAACCACUUCUUUCACAACAGGUGUCAUUGCCAAAAAUUCAACAAAUCCUGAUAGAGUCAAUGAUGGACAAUUAAUUAGUCAUCCAAGCAUUGCGAUGGUAUUGCUUUUGAUUAUUCUUUCAUUCUUUACCUUGUAA